AUGGCCGUCGCCCAAAUCUGCCUCUCAACCGGCUAUACUGCCGCGGAGCCCUCCGCCCUUGGCGCGCUCUCCGACGUCGCCGGUCGUUACAUCCUGGCUCUGGGUCGCUCCGCCGCCCACAUCGCUGCUGCAAACGGCCGGACCGACGCUAACAUCCUCGACCUCGUCCGGGCGAUCGAGGACCUAAGCGCCGCACACGGCUUCGCCGGCGCCGCCGACCCGACAGGGCCGCCGCUGCGGUCAGGCGCGCUUAGUGGGCUCAUGGCGUUCGUGCAGUCGGUAGACGAGGUCCCCUUCCCGAGGCCCAUCCGGAGGGACGGUAAUCAAGAAACACCAGGGAAUCAAUGGACGAGCUUCGCGGCGGCGGGGCGGGAGCCGCCAUUCCGGCACGUGCCGCGGUGGUUGCCGUGCUUUCCGGAGGAGCAAUUGGGAGAAGAAGGGAAAGGGAUCGGAACGAGGGAGGAGGUGGAGAAGGAGAGGAUGGCGAUGGUGGUGACGGACGGCGUCGGGGGAGGCGAAGGGAAGAAAAUAGUGGAAUUACCGGCCGAGAGGGGAAGGGUUAGGUUUCGACUCAGUGGUAAACAGAAGAGGAGACGGAGGGAUUAG